AUGAGAAAAAUUAAAAAAAAAAUUCAAAAUCCUUUUAAACAUUUAAUAAAGAGAUAUUCUUCAGCGUCUUUUAUAGAAACACAGCAUUUUGAUAAUUUAUCAGAAGAUUGGUGGAAUCUACAAGGACGUUUGAAAUUAUUACAUAAAAUGAACAAUGUGCGUAUUGAAUAUAUUAAACAAUGCCUUAUGCGCGAAGAACAAAAAAAUUCAUAUAAUGAUGAAAUGACAAAUGAUGUAUUUAAACGAAAAUUUUCGACUGGAAAGUGGCUUUCAAAUAAAUGUGUUUUAGAUGUUGGUUGUGGAGGUGGAAUUCUAUCGGAGUUAUUAUCUAGACUUGGAGCUUUAUCAGUUCUUGGUAUAGAUAUAUCUUCAAAAGCAAUUGAAGUAGCUCAAAUGCAUCGAAAGAAAGAUCCAUCUUUGACAAAUUUAAUAUAUCAAAAAACUACAGCAGAAGCACUAUUAAAUGAAAAAAAACAGUAUGAUUUAAUCACUGCCAUGGAAAUUAUCGAACAUGUAAACCACCCUAAAGCCUUUAUAUCAACACUUUUUGAUUUGCUUAAACCAGGCGGUUUUUUGAUUCUUUCAACGAUUGAAAAAACAUUGCUUUCAUUUUUUCUAACAAUUAUUAUUGCAGAAAGAUUGUUUCAACUUGUUCCUAAUUCAACCCAUACAUGGAGCAAGUUUAUUAAACGAUCAGAAAUCAAAACAUGGGUUUCACAAUAUCCAGACGUCUCAAUAAUUGAUUGUAGAGGAGUAAUUUUUCUUCCAUGGAAAAACCAAUGGAAAAUAAUGGAUCAAAACGCAAUCUGGGCUCAACAAUGCAAUUAUUUUAUGGCCAUCCAGAAAAAAAAGAAUCAAGGAAUAAUAAAAAAGAAUUAUCAGAAGUCGAAGGAAAAUCAAUCGUAA